GACAGUCGGAUCUCGGUCGCCCCGGUAACCCGCGUGGGGCCGGUUCCACACCAUGAGCGUCCGGGUGGCGCGGGCUCUGAGGGGCUGGGGCUGGGGCGCGGGCUGCCGCCGCGGCGCCUCGGACUUCCGGCUGCCUCCGCCGGGCGCCGUGGACGUGGCGGAGCUGCUGCGAGAUGCGACAACAGCCGAGGAGGGGCCCCGGGAGGCGGUGGCGCGGCGGCCGCCCGACCAGUGUUCGGUGCUGCUCUUCCCGGGCCAGGGCAGCCAGGUGGUGGGCAUGGGCCGCGGUCUGCUCCGCUACCCGCGCGUCCGCGAGCUCUACGCCGCCGCCAGCCGCGUGCUGGGCUACGACCUGCUGGAGCUGAGCCUGCACGGGCCGCAGGAGGCCCUGGACCGCACCGCGCACUGCCAGCCCGCGAUCUUCGUGGCCUCGCUGGCCGCCGUGGAGAAACUGCAUCACCUGCAGCCCGCGGUCAUUGAGAACUGCGUUGCUGCUGCUGGGUUCAGUGUGGGAGAAUUCGCAGCCCUGGUGUUUGCCGGAGCCAUGGAGUUUUCCGAAGGUUUGUUCGCGGUGAAGGUCCGAGCCGAGGCCAUGCAGGAAGCCUCCGAAGCUGUCCCCAGUGGGAUGCUGUCCGUCCUUGGCCGGCCUCAGACCAAGUUCAGCUUCGCCUGUCUGGAAGCCCGGGAGCACUGCAAGACUCUGGGGAUACAGAGCCCCGUGUGCGAGGUGGCCAACUACCUCUUCCCGGAUUGCAGGGUGAUCUCCGGACACCUGGAGGCUCUGCAGUUCCUCCAGAAGAACUCCUCCAGGUACCACUUCAGGCGCACCAAGAUGCUGCCGGUCAGCGGCGCCUUCCACACCCGCCUCAUGGAGCCGGCCCUCGAGCCGCUGGCACAGGUGCUGAAGGCCGUGGACGUGAGGAAGCCCCUGGUGUCCGUGCACUCCAACGUGGACGGGAACCGGUACCUGCACCCGAGACACAUCCAGAAGCUGCUGGCCCAGCAAGUGGUCUCGCCGGUGAAGUGGGAGCAGACGAUGCACGCCCUGUACGAGAGGAAAAAGGGCACGGAGUUCCCCCAGACUUUUGAGGUGGGGCCCGGGAAGCAGCUGGGAGCCAUCCUGAAGAGCUGUAACCGGCAGGCCUGGAAGUCGUACAGCAACGUGGAGGUGCUGGCCGAGAACGAGGACCCAGACCAGGACUCGUAGGGUCCCUGGAUGA